UCACGAAUUGUAAGAGCUACAACUGUCAAAUUUUGGAUAGAUGAGCAAGAGCUCCAAUUCGAUAUGUGGUUAGGGGUGAUGCAGUAAUUCAAUUACAAAUUGAAGGAGUAGAGACAUUAUCUAGUCAAAAUGUUAGAACAUAUGUAGCUAGGCUAAUAUGUUCAAAAAAACAGAAUUUUUUUUUUGAAAAAUAUUUAUAUUUUUUUAAAUUUCAUUGUAAAAUAAAAACAAUGCUCAUAUUUCGUUAGAAAAACAGCAAAUCUUUGGGAAUAUCUAUAUAGACUGCUCAUCGCUAUAGUUAUUCAUAUGUAUCAACGGCAAGAGGAACGAUUUCAUAAUCUGGCAAGAUGUGCGAGGUGCAGAUGUUGCUGGAAGACCUGGGCCAUACGUUCACCAAAUUCAAGGAGCAGCGCCGCGUCGAGAUGCUCCGGCUGGUUGGGCAGGUGCGUUGCUGUGAAUGCGGCCACAAGAUGCGUAUGCUGGAGGCCCAGAAGUCGGUGUACAGAUUUUCGAUGGGCCGCAGGAAAUUUCUAGCGAUUUGCGUAUUAUUCCUGCUGCUGCUGGCCAUGAUGUGGAUCUAUAUGACAAGGCGAUACAACCAGGUGGCCGCCCUAGGCAGCGGCGCCUGUGUCGCCACAUACUUCUUUACCCAUAACGGUUGCGAUAUCUAUGCUUAGCAUUGUUUUUAUUUACAUAUUAAAUAUGAAUUUAUUUCUUA